UCUGAGAAGUUUGUCAAAAAUUAUCGCAUUAUGCUUCAUUAACAUUGCUUUGUAAAUACGUUACGUAGUGGCGAGACUAAAAAGUAACAGGAUGUUUGAUUAUCAAAUUUAACAACCCUGGCGCCCGCCUAGUGGGCGCUUGGCGUUCACUACUGUGUUGAUCGUUACGUGGCCUCGCCUACCCGCCUAGCGCCUUUAGAUAUUGCAUGGCUUUUGUACUGUUUAAUUUUUAGUCUGGCAGUAAAUGUGUUACUGAUCAUCAGUUAACCUUAUAUCAUUGCCAUAAGGUUUAUGAAUGGUCAGUUAACUACGUCAACGAUGGAUUACAGUAAUAGGUAGAAGGGAAAAACAAUCAUACUUUUCGUGUAGGAGAGUCACCCUAAUUUUAUUUUUCUAGUUUUUAUUUAAUUUUUCGGUGUAACUGAUAUAUUCAAUGUAUACAUGCCAAAUUUCAGCGUUCUAGCACUAACGAUCACGGUGCAAAGCCACGGACGGACAGACGGACAUGGCGGAACUAUAAAGGUUUCCUAGUUGACUACGGAAAAAAUCCUAAUAAGUAGACAAAUUACAUUACCUACCUACUCAUUGUCUACAUCCUAUUAUUUAGUUUAAAAAUAAGAUAAAUAAAUGCAAUCAGUUGCGAUUAAAAGCAACUGCUACAAACUACUGAUAAUUUACACUAAUGAAUUAUUACGAUAUCCCUGAUAAGAUAUUUAUAUAGGGAUCUUUAAUUAUAAUCAUUCCGCAGUCGUUAGCCACCUGAUUAGUUCGUCUAGCGUAACAUAAAUUUUCUGAAAUGUUAACUAUAGUAAUUUCUUUGAUAGUUCCGAUAUCCUUAGUAUUAAUAUUUAGGUACUUAAAUGCAGAGCGGAAACCGGCAAUAUUCGGAGUUUAUCAGCAAAGAAACAAGACAUACUUCCUGAAAUUUAUUGUUAUCUACUUAUUUUUAAGGAGUAGACAGUUAAUCAGGCACCUGAGAAGACUGCGCGCCGUGGACGUGGGUCGAAGCGACGAUGGCACCAUUAAACCACACGAACAAGACGAGCCUCUGGAGAAGAAAUACAAUCUAGGAGAUCAUCGACUGGCCGUGGACGCGGUAUAUUUCAACGGGAUGUCAAAGGAAGGAGCUGCUUUAAUCUGCGGUCUGGCACGCAGGGCUCACCACGAUGUCGAUACUUUUAUGUACUUGAAAGUAGAAGGAGAAGAAUUGUUACUCACACCUAAUCUCCCUGACACUCGUGCAACUCAAACCGCAGUGGAACAGGGCCACUACAAGUCAGGGGGACUCUCCAUUGUUAAUUUCAUACCUAUGCGGACCUGGGAGGUGACUUACAGCGGCGAGAUGAAAUCCAAGGCUGGCUCGAAGAUGAACGUCGAAUUAAGCGUAACAUGGAGCGCCCACUUCGGCCACUUCAACUAUGACACCCAUAUGGCACCACUCAGUGUGGCUAGUGACAUGGCUCGCGAGGCUUGGUCCGCCGACUAUUUCAAAUUACUUAAAAAGUUCCAUCAAACUCACUAUGAACAGAUGGGACAUCUACUAGGCACUGUAACCAUCGACGGCAUCACGACGGAUAUAAGCAUGCCGUGCGUUAGAGAUCAUAGCUUCGGAAAUUAUCGUGAUUGGCGCAAUUUCCACAGAUACGUUCUUCACUUUUUGUAUCUCGAAAAUGGAGAUUGUCUGGCUGUGGGUUGCGUAUCACAACCCGCUGUUUUGUCCCAUCUCACUAUUGGCUACCUAUGCCGAAAGGCGGAUCAGACCAUAUUUCCCGUGAAGUCCACCGAUUUUAAACUAUAUCAACACGGAGAGAACGGAAUAUUGCCUACGGAUUAUGGAUUUAGUUUUAAAGCAGGAGGUAAACAGUACAUAGUCAAAGUGUUAGUGAAAGAAGAGGAUUCGUUCUACUUGGGCAAAGAUCGGGAAGCGAAGAUCUACGAGCGCUGGUGCACAGUUGAAGUUAACGGCGUUAAAGGCUGGGGUUGCGCUGAGUGGCAGUAUAAUAAUACUCGCAAGUGAGAUUUGUAUAUCUAAUUAAAAUUUAGUAGGUACUUAAUAAAAGCUUUUUUUUUA